GGCGGGUCCCCAUAAAUACCUCCAGGGGGGGGAGAGUCGCCUUCUCCGCAUCCCGCUCGUCUCGGUUCUUCUGCAUCUUGGUUCGCAAGCAGCCUCACCAGCCCGAACAAUGAAAGCCUCGUGGUCGUUGGUUGGCUCCACCCUGCUCGCUGCCUCGUCGGUCUGGGCCGAUGGUUCCGCCCGUAUCCUUCCGCAGGGGCUGCCGGAUCCCCGCCUGGUCUCCAACGGCGUCCAGACUGGCACCCAGCCCAAACCCACGUUCUUUGGCUACCAGGACCAGGAGGAGCCUCUCUCGCGUGCCCAAGUCAACCUGUUCGAGACCUGGUUUGGCCAGUCUGUUUUCCCCUCGUCGUCCGUCACCCGGCUCGUCAACGGCGUCCCCACCCCCAUCAACAACGGCAACAGCUUCCUGGAUCUGUCUACCAUCUAUGGCCUCGACCCCGCCACCAACACACCAAGCUCCGUCUCGAACGGCGCCAUCACCCCUCCUGGCCUGUUCCCGCAGGACAUCCAGGUUGGAGGCGACUCGCGCGCCGUCGAGAACGUGGCCCUGGCUCUGCUGCAUUCCUUCUGGAUCCGUGAGCACAACCAGGCAGUCAAGCAGGUCCUGAAUGGACGUCUGGUUUCCGCCAGCGACGAGACCAUUUUCCAGAUUGCCCGUGCCAUCACGAUCAGCGAAUACCAGUACGUCAUCUUCAACGAAUACGUUCCCACCAUCAUCGGCAAGCCUCUUCCGUUCUACAACGGCUACAACAAGAGCGUCGAUCCCACGACUUCGAACCUGUUCGCCGGUGCCAUCUAUCGCUAUGGCCACUCGACCGUCCGCGACUACGACAUCGUGGAUAUCCAAAAGUCGUUCUUUGGCACCAAGGUCAACGUGACCGAUGGCAUGAUCGCCACCCGCUUCCCCUUUGGCGGCCAGAUCGUUGUCCUUGGCUCGGGCCGCGACGUCAUGACCCCUGCCGCUAGAUACCUGGCGCUUGCUUCCGGCUCGAGUGGCGACGGCUUUGCCAACAUCUUCUCCUCUCUGAUCCUGUCUCGUCAGGCCGAAACCGACACCAUCAUCCACAAUGCCCUUCGAAACUCGAUCGCUCUGGACCUGUUCAGCACCGACAUCCUUCGCAGCCGUCUCGACGGCCUCCCCAGCUACACUGCUGUUCGCGCUCGCUAUGGCCCCUCGGAUCUCCUUACGGCCCCCGAGUGCGUCAAAUCGAUCUCGUCGGUUGCCUGCUUCCAGCUCAUUACGCCCUCAAACCCCUCCCUUGCCCAGUCCCUGCAGUCUCUGUACACCAACGUCACCAGCAUCGAUGCCCUCGUCGGAGCUCUUGCCGAGGAGCAGUUUGUACGCAAGAGAGAUGGCGAUCGUUUCUACACCCCCAUCGACCAGCUCUUGCCCACCUUGGCGGACAUCAUCUCUGGCGAGUUCGGCAUUGCCGAUGGAGCCGGCAUUGCGGACGAGAUCUCGUCUGCCCUGGACCUCUACAGCACCUCGAUGUCCAACAUCAUUGGCCGAAACCUUGGUCUGUACGGCCUCCCCAACAACGUCUUCAAGGUUCCCAAGUAUGCCAGCGUCGUCCCUUUCUACUCCGCCUGCCCGGCCAACUAAUUGUCCCGCUCCAUCUUUCACCUCUCAAAGCUCCCAUGAAUACGCGUGGGUCGCGAUGGCCUCUACUCCCGUCUGUUUCCUUCUCGAGAUUUGCUUGUUUCUCGAAUCUAUUUUCCCUCUCCUGGUUCGCUUGAUGCAUUUUUAUAUGACUUUGAAACCACCAGGAGUGCACUUUGCACUUGAACGAACGGGACACUGCCCAUUCUAUGAACAUGUAGUAUGUGAUGAGC